CGCCGUUCCCUUACGCCGCUCCGCCGGCUGGCCGGCUGAGGCUGCGGGCCCCGCGCUCUGCGGCUCCGGCUCCUUCCGCGGCGGGCCGUGUGCCGCAGUCAUGUCCCGAAAGCAGACGGCCAAGAGCCGGCCGGGCAGCGGCGGCCGCAGAGCCGAGGCGGAGCGCAAGCGGGACGAGCGGGCGGCGCGCCGGGCGCUGGCCAAGGAGCGGCGGAACCGGCCCGAGCCUGGCGGCAGCGGCUGCGAGGAAGAGUUCGUGAGCUUCGCCAACCAGCUGCAGGCCCUGGGGCUGAAGCUGCGGGAGGUGCCGGGGGACGGAAAUUGCCUGUUCAGAGCUCUGGGGGAUCAGCUGGAGGGUCACUCUCGGAACCACCUCAGGCACCGGCAGGAGACGGUGGACUACAUGGUAAGGCAGCGAGAAGAUUUUGAGCCCUUUGUGGAAGACGACAUUCCUUUUGAGAAGCACGUGGCCAGUUUGGCAAAGCCUGGUACUUUUGCUGGCAAUGAUGCAAUUGUAGCCUUUGCAAGAAACCAUCAGUUGAAUGUGGUGAUCCAUCAGCUUAAUGCCCCUUUGUGGCAGAUUCGGGGUACAGACAAAAGCAGCGUGAGGGAGCUCCACAUCGCCUACCGGUACGGUGAACACUAUGACAGCGUCCGGAGGAUCAACGACAACUCAGAAGCGCCGGCUCAUCUCCAGACGGACGUGAGUGAAGCCCAGCUGCUUUCAGACCUGUAGGAAGGCGGUGCAGAGCUGUGUCCUUGAGCUAAAUAUUGGCCAGCUGUUCCCUUUGUCUCUGGUCCUCUUCGAGACCAGCCAGUGCUCUCAGCUGCUGAGGCAGCUCAGUUCCAGAUGCUUCAUCAGGAUGGCCCCAGUGAAAAGGAGAAGAGCCAGACAAAAGGGGUGGACUUUGAAGACGGCCUGGGAGAUGAAGUGGAAGAUGCUGUCCAGAAAGUUGGCAAUGCAACUGGAUGCUCGGAUUUUAAUUUAAUAGUCCAGAACCUGGAGGCUGAAAACUACAACAUUGAGUCUGCGAUAAUCACCAUGCUUCGGAUGAGCCCGGGCAAGAGAGACAGUGGGGAGGAGAAGCUUGAGCCUGGUGACCGAGUGAAGCAGUGUGGCCCCUCAAGUGAGGAGGCGGGCAGUGGCCCCGGACUCCUUGGAAAUCAGGGUGGAAGUGAAGGCAGGAUGGAAAACAGUAAGGCUCGGGCCAGCUCCACUGAAGAAAACAAAGCUAAGAAAAACCAUCUCCCAAAGGUUACGAACAAGCAGCGGAGGGAGCAACAACGAUUAGAGAAGAAGAAACGACAGGAGGAGAGGCACCGCCACAAAGCCCGGGAGAGCAGGGACAGCCACAGGGACAGCAGCAGAAGCGAAGCAGAUGUGAACACGCAGGUCACCUUGGUGAAGACUUUUGCUGCUCUGAACAUCUGACUCUUAAGGCCUUGACGGGUGGAGGAUGAACGCUGCAGACAAGGCUUCCCGGCCAGGUGUCUUCUGACGGUG